AUGGCGGCAAUUGUGAAGGAGAUCCUGGCCCGGCCGAUCCAGCUGGCCGAUCACGUCACCAAAGCCGCCGACGAGGCACAAUCUUUCCGUCAAGACUGCAUGGAGCUCAAAGCCAAAACCGAGAAGCUCGCCGGCCUCCUCCGCCAGGCCGCGCGUGCCAGCAACGACCUAUACGAGCGUCCUACACGUCGCAUCAUCGACGACACCGAGCAAGUCCUCGACAAGGCCCUCUCUCUCGUCAUCAAGUGCCGCGCUAACGGCAUCAUGAAGCGCCUCUUCACCAUCAUCCCCGCCACGGCCUUCCGCAAAACCUCGCUGCAGCUAGAGAAUUCCAUUGGCGACGUGUCGUGGCUGCUCCGCGUCUCGGCCCCCUCCGACGACCGAGACGACGAGUACCUUGGCCUGCCUCCGAUCGCAGCCAACGAGCCUAUUCUUUGCCUCAUUUGGGAGCAAGUAGCUAAGCUCUACACCGGCUCGUUGGAGGAGCGAUCAGAUGCGGCAGUUUCUCUGGUCUCAUUGGCCAGAGACAAUGACAGAUACGGAAAGCUCAUCAUAGAAGAGGGUGGGGUGCCACCGCUGUUGAGGGUAGUAAAGGAAGGAGGAAACAAGGAGGGCCAAGAAAGUGCUGCGCGGGCGAUAGGGUUAUUAGGCCGGGAUUCUGAGAGUGUGGAGCAGAUUGUGAACUCUGGGGUUUGCCCGGUGUUUGCGAAAAUACUUAAGGACGGUCACAUGAAGAUUCAGGCAGUUGUGGCCUGGGCGGUUUCGGAGCUAGCCGAGCACCAUCCCAAAUGCCAGGACCCGUUUGCGCAGAACAAUGUGAUAAGGAUGCUGGUUAGUCAUCUUGCGUUUGAGACCAUCCAGGAACAUAGCAAGUAUGCAAUCACUAAGCAGAGCAUGUCGCUACAUUCGAUUGUGAUGGCGAAUAAUAGCAAUAGGCCUGAUAUGGUUGAGCAUAAUUCUUCCAGUCAAGUUGCGCAUCCUGCGUCAGGGAAUCAUCAGUCAAUGCACAAUUUGGUGCAGACUAUGGCAAAGAAUAAGGCACAUAAUGCUGCAAGUGGAGCAGGUCACAAUCAUCACCAUCAUCCUAAUGCGCACGGGAAUGCAAAGUCGAACCACCAGCUGUCUGGAGCUAGCCUUAAGGGGAGGGAGUACGAAGACCCGGCAACUAAGGCUGAGAUGAAGGCAAUGGCAGCAAGGGCGCUUUGGAAGCUCGCUAAAGGGAAUGUCACUGUGUGUCAUAGCAUCACUGAGUCAAGGGCGCUUUUGUGUUUUGCAGUUUUGAUAGAAAAGGGUCCUGAAGAUGUUAAGAGGUACUCGGCUUAUGCAUUGAUGGAAAUCACCGCGGUGGCGGAGAAGAAUUCUGACUUGAGGCGCAAUGCCUUCAAACCUACUUCCCCUGCUGCCAAGGCUGUGCUGGAACAAUUGUUGAGAAUCAUAGAAAAGGCGGAUGAUGAGCUUCUUAUACCGUGUAUACAGUCUGUUGGAAACUUGGCAAGGACUUUUCGAGCAACAGAAACAAGGUUAAUCGAGCCAUUGGUGAAGCUGCUUGACGAAAGAGAACCUGAGGUUUCUUAUGAGGCUGUGAACGCACUCAACAAGUUUGCAUGUACCGAGAAUUUUCUCCAUGUCUAUCACUGUAAAGCGAUUAUAGAUGCAGGAGGAGCCAGGCAUCUAAUUCAGCUGGUUUACUUUGGAGAACAAAUGGUGCAGAUUCCUUCAUUAGUUCUUUUAUGUUACAUUGCAUUGCAUAUUCCAGAUAGUGAGACACUUGCUCAGGAAGAAGUGCUUAUCGUGUUGGAAUGGUCAACAAAACAGGCUCAUCUUGCUAAUGAACCAUCAAUUGAACCAUUAUUACCAGAAGCCAAGAGUAGAUUGGAGCUUUACCAAUCCAGAGGUUCUAGAGGAUUCUAUUGA